AUGAUUAGUAAAGACAAGUCGAUGCGAAUGACGCGCUAUGAUACAUCAUCGCGUCUUCAUAUCAUAGUUUUGUACGUCCUUCUUGCUAGUCUUACUAUAGCCUGGGGAAUCUAUUUCGUUCAUUCUUCUCGAAAUAUACAGACACAAUUGGAAACUACGUAUACGGAAUUAAAUUCAAUGAAAGAACGCUUAGAAGCGCUUGAAUCCACUCAAAUAACCAUUUCGACCAAUACUAAUGGAUACGAAACACUACGUCGUCAAUCUAGAUAUGCACGCGUCAAAGCAAAACCAAAUAACAAGCAACCACAACAAAAACCAAAACAAGAGAAAUCGAAUUCAGAGCCUCAACAAGUAAAUCCUGAUCUACUUUUUGGUUCAAUUCAUUUCAAAGUACCGCCAUUAGCAAUGACGACUUUCUGCGUUAAAUCGGUAGAUCAUUGCAAGAAAUUAGUGACUGAAAAUGAAGAAUUACGCGGUCCAAAAGGUGAUCGUGGCGAACGUGGUUACCCAGGUUUGCCAGGUAUGCCAGGUCUGAUUGGACCUGCUGGACCGCCUGGUCCACAGGGUCCUGUUGGUUAUACGGGAGCGACAGGUCUUCAAGGGCCAAAAGGUGAUCGUGGCGAAUCGAUCCGAGGUGAACAAGGUCUUACAGGUCCGAUGGGACCGCCCGGCUUUCCAGGUCCACGUGGUGAAAUAGGUCCGCGGGGUCCACCUGGUGUUUGCACAUGCCCUCGAAUAGCUGUACCAUUUCAACCGCCAAUAUCGUCUGCUAUGUCAUUUCCACCAAGCAGCAUUGUAUCAAGUGUCGAUCAAAAACAAGAUUCUUCUCGACGUGACGCUGUCCUCAGCCGUGCACAACGAUGCGUAUUUUCCUUUAUUGGUACACCUGUUCUUCUCAAACAAGACAAUUUCACGUUUGGCGCUUGGUUUAAGGAUCCAAUGCCAAAAACUGCCAAUGGAGCGCAAAAAGUCUAUGUUACACGACAUGUCACGGGCACGCAAUUAUAUGAAUACAAUAGUGAAGCUGAUCUCAUUAAUGGUACACCCAAUCGCAUCAUAACUCUUCCAUAUCCUUAUUCAGGUGUUAAUCAUGUUGUUUAUCAAGGUAGUUUCAUUUAUAAUAUUCAACAUAAGAGUACGAUUGUACGAAUUGAUCUCGUAUCCGAAACCGAAGCUCAACAUGUUGACAUCUCAGCUAGCCGUGAACCACUCUACAAUACUCCACAAUCAAGCUGGUAUGAUUUCUCGAUCGAUGAAAAUGGUCUUUGGCUGCUAUAUCGCGAUCUACAAACACGAAAUUUCAUUGCUGCUAAAAUCAAUCCCGAUACAUUAGAUACACAAAAAAUGUGGGUGUUACCAUAUAAUCCCUCAAGUUUGAGUCAAGGCUUUAUCGCCUAUGGAGUUUUCUAUGGUGUUCAGCAUUAUAAUAAACUACAAUCGUAUAUUGAUACUGUCUAUGAUAUUUAUUCGAAUUUAGCAUUUACUACAAUGAAGAUUCAAUUCGCUGUACCAUUUCAAUUCUUAGUACAAUUAACCUAUAAUCCAUACGAAGGAAAAAUCUUUGCAUGGGACAACAAACAUUUACUCUAUUAUGUUUAUAAUGUUCAACGUGACAAAACAUUCAAGUGUUAA